AUGACUCCCCAAACAGCCUUCGUAACCGGCGCCAAUGGCUUCAUUGGCAGUGCAGUGGCCAAGGAGUUCUCACGCAAUGGGUACACGACCUACGGUCUCGUUCGUCGCGCUCAAAGCGGCUUGGACCUCCAAAGAAAUGAAGUCAUUCCCGUUGUCGGUACGGCCGAAGACGCGGCCGCGUUCAUUUCCCAUCUGCCUCCAAUUGAUGUGAUAAUCACGUGCGACGAAGACCUGGCAAACUACAAUGCGCAUCAACAAGCUCGACUUGCGAUGAUACAACGACUCUGCGAAGCCUCCAAGGCCAAGGGGGCCGAGAAGCCACUGGUCAUCUUCACUAGCGGCUGUAAAGACUACGGAGUCAGUAAGCUGCUUCAUGGCGACGAGGGUUUGAAGCCGGACACGGAAGAUAGUCCUCUGAAUCCGCCAGAUCUGCUCAAGCCCAGAACAGCGGCGGCAACCGAUAUGCUCAGCAAUCACACCGAGGAAUUCGAUUGUGUUGUCACGAGGCCUACGACGCUAUGGGGCUAUUCCGGCAGCUACUAUUCUUACUUCUUCUCGCUGGCCGAGCGCGCAAAAAGGGACAACAAGCCAGUGUUGGAACUGCCCGCCAGCCCUAAUGCAAUCCUACAUGGGAUGCAUGUCGCCGACGUUGCGGCUGCAUACUUAGCGAUCGCGACUGCGCCGCGGCAAGUCGUUAUGGGCAAGGUGUAUAACAUGUCCGCCCAUCGGUACGAAACGCUGGAAGAAAUCAUACCGUUCGUGGAGCGAAGUUACGACAUUAAGAUAACGCUCCGAGACUCUCAGCCCGAUGAUGCAAAGGUCUUUGGACUCUACGCUCUAUCCUUGUGGCAGUUUCCACAAUGGGUAGGCUCGGUGAGGUUGCGGCACGACCUUGGCUGGAAAGAUAACAAACCUCUUUUCACUGAAGCCUUUGAAACGUAUCGACAAGCUUACGAAGCUGCUACAAGUACAGAUACCGAGCAGAUCGAGCGGAUGACGAAGAAGACACAGAGCGCUGGUACUCUGUAG